CCCUAGUCAGCGACCGUUACCCGCCAAAGGCGACCGGAGUUCGGCCAAACGACGUCGUACGAGUCUUUCCAACCAGUUGCGAUUUGAGCGAGGAAUCAGAUUAGUUCCCCUUGUUCUUCAAUCUUCACCAUUCUCUGCAGAAUCAGCGGCAGCAGCAGCAGCAGCUGGGGUGCCCAAUAAAACAAAGGGGGUUCAAAAGGGGGCGCCUUUCGUCGUAUACCUCGUAAAUUCUGUGCGAACUCUCUUCACACUGCUUUGGAUGUUUACGGCGGCAGACCCAGCUCGUCUCGGCGCGUAGUUUUCUUGCAGCCGAUAGAUAAGAGAAAGAAGAUUGGCGUGAAGAACGAAAAGGGAGCGAACUCAUCCUUUCUAGGGUUCUUAUUUUCUGGUUUUGCUCAGGGGGGAAUAUGGAAGCGUCCUCUUCUUCUUCGUCGUCGGUGAUAUCUCCGGAGGACGUGUUGGAAUGUCUGAUGAACGACGGCACAAUUGAUGCUCUGAGAUUGAAGAUCAUCAAUCAGCUCAAGGCCAAUGAAGAGCUGAAGAAUACAACCAUCAAAAUGGCCGAGCAGAGUAAGGUUUUAAAUACCCCUGGCGCAGAGAAACAGACCAAGAGGGAACUAUUCGAUGCACUUCGACAAGAACUUGAAACUCCGGUGCUCGAGAAGGCUUCGAAAUCGGUAUGGGAAUUGAUUCUGGACAACAAUGGCCUGGGGAAAGAAAUAAGUGAAACGGUCGAAAGAGUGUUCUGCAAAUUAAGCGGCCAAGAGCCUCCGUUGUUUCCACCUCCGAGUAAUCCUGAACCACAAGCUUCCAGGGAGAAAGAGAACAAGAAAGAGGCAGAGAAAGAAGAGGAGUUGACGAUAGCAAGUCUGAAGGAUAACUCUAUGUUGAAACAUCCGAAGAAAAGGCGGCACAUCGAGAUGACCAAUGAGAAAGGCGGUGCUGCGAAUGAAGUUGCAAGAAAAUCGGCCGAUGAUCGAUCGAGUAAAUCUCCUCAUUCAAAGACUUUAAACCUUACAUAGAAUCGAAUGAGACCAUUUAGCAGAACAGAUAAUUUAUUGAAUUGGUCCCUUCUCUUCAGUAGAAUGUUUCUUCAGAAACAUAGUUUCUAGUCUCUCUGCAUAGAGUUUAGUUUUCAUUGUCAAGCGCAAACUUAUGAGUUGAAUGAGAAUCUAUAAACAUGUUGGCUCAAUCACAUUUACAGGAACGGUGG